AUGUAUUCAAACGAGACUCCCGCUCCAACGGAAUCGGAUUUCGAAAACAAAGAUGAACUCGGUUACCUGCAACUGAUUCGGGAGAUUCUCACCGAAGGAAGUAAGCGAGACGAUCGCACCGGUGUUGGAACUGUGGCUGUGUUUGGCUCGCAACUGCGGUACAGUCUCAGGGACGGUACCUUCCCGCUGCUGACGACGAAAAAAGUGUUCUUCAGAGGCAUCGCAGAAGAGCUGCUGUGGUUCAUCAAAGGAUCAACGAACGCGAAGGAACUGCAGGCCAAAGGUGUGCGAAUUUGGGACGGUAACAGCACCAGAGAGUUUCUGGAUUCUUGCGGCUUCACCGAUCGAGAGGAAGGUGAUUUGGGGCCGGUGUAUGGUUUUCAGUGGCGUCACUUUGGUGCUAAGUAUAAAACAUGCCACGACGACUACAGUGGCAAAGGAAAAGACCAGCUGGCGGAGGUCAUUGACAAGAUCAAAAACAAUCCAACCGAUCGGCGCAUCAUUAUGAGCUCCUGGAAUCCGGUGGACAUACCAAUCAUGGCCCUGCCGCCCUGUCACUGUUUGGCGCAAUUUUUCGUGGAAAACGGAGAGCUUUCGUGCCAAAUGUACCAACGUUCGGCCGAUGUAGGUUUGGGUGUUCCGUUCAACAUUGCGAGCUAUUCUCUACUCACGCAUAUGAUUGCGCACGUAACAGGGUUGAAGACUGGCGAGUUCAUACACACGACAGGAGACACCCAUAUCUACUUGAAUCACAUCGACGCACUGAAAGAGCAGGUCCAGCGAACGCCGAGAAAGUUUCCAACACUUACCUUUAAGCGUGAAGUAGCGUCGAUCGAAGACUUCCAGUACGAUGAUUUCAUCAUCAAGGAUUACAAUCCGUACCCGGUUAUCCGGAUGGAAAUGGCUGUUUGA